AUGUCUGUGAGCCUCACUAAAGCACGCUCGACAAAAGUAAGUCAAGACGUUGAGGCCGUUCAAGUCUUGCUCCGAUGGAAUGUAAACGCGGGAGUUGAAGGUGAUUGGUUCUUGCUGUUGGACGAGGCGGCGGCCAGUGGCUUACAGACCACGUUUUCCCGCCCACCCAAGGGCACCCUCGAGCCCUAUACCGGAACCACCGCUUGCGAGUCUGUGAUCUACCAAAGGGUGUCUACCAUGCCCUCCCUACUCGUCAUCAUCCUCGUGCUGGAGGUGUUCUCCCACCUGGUCAACACCGUCGGAGCUGCAGCCAUCAACAAUCUGCUCUGGACAACUCUCAACUACCUCCCCAUCUCGACCGCCAAGGCAGCCGCGCAGCAUCGAAAGCUGCAAGCCGACUUUCUCAAGACGCGAAAGGAGCUGAAUGCGACUAGCAGUCAGGAUGAGUUCGCCAAGUGGGCCAAGCUCCGUCGGACGCACGACAAGCAGCUGGAGCAGCUAGAGAAGAGCAAGCAAACCCAGGAAGCAUCGAGAUCAAAGUUCGAUACCUACCUCACUGGCUUCAGAUGGGCCCUCACCAAGGUCCCUCAAUACGGCCUCCCCUUCUGGUUCUCCAAGGAGCCCAUGUUCUGGCUGCCGUACGGCUGGUUCCCCUACUACGCCGAAUGGAUCCUCUCGUUCCCCAAGGCCCCGAUUGGCAGCGUUAGCAUCGCUUCGUGGCAGCUGGCGUGUUCGGGCAUGGUCACGCUCCUCACCGAGCUCAUUGUCUCGGUUGUGGGACUCGUGUUUGCGACGAAACAGAGCAAGGGACAGCCGGUCAAGGUUCCUGCGGCGUCAGGUAAGACGGCGGCGCCCAAGACCGCGGCUGGUUCGUCUGAGACGGAGAAGAAGGAGUUUAAAUGUCCCUGGCUCAUAAGGAGUGGUUCCAACAUUGUGACGCUGGAAGCCUUUGCUUUUGUCGCAGGCGUCAUCUCGAAAUUUAACAGGCGAACAAAAAUACCAGAGACGACGCAAUCAAGCAGGCAGAGGAAAAUUGCGGCACUCUUAGCAAUCCUUGCGGACGGCCAACAAAGCUUCGAAAGCGCCAUCGUCACCAUUCGAGUGGCAGAGCGAUUUUCCAUGGGAAAACAACCUGUAAUUGCAGGUAUCGCUUGCUGUAUCUCGUACUUUGAGCUUGAUGUGAAUGAAGAGGAGGGAAGAUUGGAAGCGUUUGCUGUGGAUAUUUCGCAAAAAAAUAUCUGCUGCGAAGACAGACCCAUUUCUCGGAUUAACCACCGGCCGUGGACCGUGCUCAGCCCCAUCGUGCAUUCGUCCGGGAGGCAACGACAUCAACUUGGCAGCUCUGUGUUUAGUACCUGCAUCGACAAGCUUGAUCAACAACCCCCAUCGAACGGUUCGGAGCUCCCGCCAUACAUCAAGAUGGCGCCGGCACAGGAUACCAUGUUUCGCUCGGCGAACAUGAGUAUGGUGCAGCUGUACAUUUCGAAUGAAAUCGGUCGCGAGGUUGUCACAGCCCUUGGAGAGCUUGGUCUUCUCCAGUUCCGUGAUCUCAAUGGCGAUGUCAGUGCUUUCCAGCGCACCUUUACUCAGGAGAUUCGAAGACUCGACAAUGUCGAACGCCAGCUGCGCUACUUCUACGCCCAGAUGGAGAAGGCAGGAAUUCCUCUCAGAAAGUUCGACGUCGAUGCCGAAAGACUUGCCAACCCAUCGACCUCCGAGAUUGACGAACUCGCCGAGCGAAGCCAGAGCCUCGAGCAACGCGUCUUCCAGCUUAACGACAGCUACGAGACCUUGAAGAAGCGCGAAGUCGAGCUCACCGAGUGGCGCUGGGUUCUCCGCGAGGCUGGCGGCUUCUUUGACAGAGCCCACGGCAGCGUCGAGGAAAUUCGCGCCUCCACCGAUAACGAUGACGCUCCUCUCCUCCAGGAUGUCGAGCAGCACAACUCGGCCCCUGAGGUCGAGCGGUCCUUCUCUGGCAUGAACAUUGGCUUCGUGGCCGGUGUUAUCAAUAGGGACCGUGUUGCCUCCUUCGAACGCAUUCUCUGGAGAACGCUGCGCGGAAACUUGUACAUGAACCAGUCUGAGAUCCCCGAGCCGCUCGUCGACCCCACCAACAACGAGGAGAUCAACAAGAACGUGUUCGUCAUCUUUGCCCACGGCAAGGAGAUCCUGGCCAAGAUUCGCAAGAUCUCCGAGUCCAUGGGUGCUGAGGUGUACAACGUGGACGAGAACAGCGACCUUCGUCGUGACCAGAUCCACGAGGUCAACGCUCGCCUUAACGAUGUUCAGAACGUUCUCCGCAACACCCAGCAAACCCUGAACGCUGAGCUCACCCAGAUCUCUCAGGCAUUGUCAGCUUGGAUGGUCUUGGUCACCAAGGAGAAAGCCGUUUACAACACGCUUAACAACUUCUCGUACGAUCGUGCUCGCAGGACUCUCAUUGCCGAGGGUUGGUGUCCGACGAACGACCUGCCGCUGAUUCGUUCUACGUUGCAAAACGUUACGAACCAAGCUGGACUCUCGGUGCCUUCCAUCAUCAACGAAAUCCGCACCAACAAGACUCCGCCUACGUACAUCAAGACGAACAAGUUUACUGAGGCGUUCCAAACUAUUGUCAACGCUUACGGUACUCCCACUUACCAGGAGGUCAACCCGGCACUCCCUGUUAUUGUUACCUUCCCCUUCCUCUUCGCUGUCAUGUUCGGUGACUUUGGGCACGCCGUCAUCAUGGUUUCUGCCGCCCUCGCCAUGAUCUACUGGGAAAAGCCUCUCAAGAAGGUCACUUUCGAGUUGUUCGCUAUGCUCUACUACGGAAGAUACAUCGCCUUGGUUAUGGGUCUUUUCUCCCUCUUCACCGGUCUUAUCUACAACGAUGUCUUCUCCAAGUCUUUGACGCUGUUCGACAGUGCCUGGAAGUGGGAUGUUCCCGACGACUACAAGCCUCCUCAGACUCUGACUGGUAAGCUCAAUGACCACGGUUACCGCUAUCCCUUCGGUCUGGACUGGAGAUGGCAUGAGACAGACAACGACCUUCUCUUCAGCAACAGUUACAAGAUGAAGAUGAGUAUCGUUCUGGGUUGGGCCCACAUGACCUACUCCCUCAUCUUCGCCUACGUCAACGCCAAGCACUUCAAGAAGCCGGUGGAUAUCUGGGGUAACUUCGUCCCUGGCAUGAUCUUUUUCCAGUCCAUCUUUGGCUACCUCGUCAUGUGUAUUCUCUACAAGUGGUCCGUCAACUGGAGCGACCCUCAGAACCCCCGCAACCCUCCUGGACUGUUGAACAUGUUGAUCUACAUGUUCCUGCAGCCCGGCAAGCUCGAGGAAGGCGCGCAGCUCUACCCCGGACAGGCCACUGUCCAGGUCUUCCUCCUGCUAUUGGCCGUCAUCCAAGUCCCGAUUCUGUUGUUCCUGAAGCCUUUCUGGCUCCGCUGGGAGCACAACCACGCUCGCGCCAAGGGUUAUAGGGGCAUUGGAGAGAGCUCUCGCGUUAGUGCCCUCGACGGCGACGAUGACGAGGAUCACGGACUCAACGGCCGCCCCAGCUUCGAGUCUGAUGGCGAGGGCGUUGCUAUGAUCACGCAGGACCUGCAUGGUGAUGGCGAGCACGAGGAAUUUGAGUUCAGCGAAGUGAUGAUUCACCAGAUAAUUCACACCAUCGAAUUCUGCUUGAACUGCGUUUCCCACACAGCCUCGUACCUUCGUCUCUGGGCCUUGUCACUUGCCCAUCAACAACUCAGUUCCGUCCUUUGGUCCAUGACCCUUGGACCUGCUCUUGGUUUCUCUGGCAUCUUUGGUUCUAUCGCUAUCGUCGUGGUCUUCUACAUGUGGUUCUUCCUGACCAUUGCCAUUUUGGUCAUGAUGGAAGGUACCAGUGCCAUGUUGCACUCCCUUCGUUUGGCUUGGGUCGAGUCCUUCUCCAAGUUCGCAGAGUUUGCCGGUUGGGCCUUCCAGCCGUUCUCUUUCACUACGACGUUAGAAGAGUCUGAAGAGCUGAAGGAGUACCUCGGUUAA